CCGCCUCCAUGCGCAAUAUGUGUUCGUCUCUUUUCGAAGCAUGGGGAUGAGCAUCGAUCGGUCGCGCGCGCUCUCUCCGGCCAGUGUGUCGGCCUCCGCGGCAGCGAUGGCGGCUUGACAGCGCGGCGAGCGUGCGCGAGUUGUUGUCCGCUAUCGAUCCGUCAGCGGCACCGCAUUGCCGUACAUUCCGGAGGCGGUGCCUCGCCUAGUUUUCGUCGAUCGUCGGCGUGACCGCGUGUCGGCGUCGGCGGCGGCCGGGGCGUAGCGAGUGUUUUGGCCCUGCGCAGUAGCGAGCACAGAGCGCGGGAGCGAGCGACCCUCCUUCCGCCAAAACCGGCUCGCGGACCGCGGCGGACGGCUGUGAUGUAGCCGGGGCCGGCGGCAGCCUCGGACAAAGGAUCCGCUCGAACCGAUUCGCGAUGAAGAAGUUCACGUUCAAGGGGGUGCUCGACGGGUUCCGCAGCUCCGUGCAGGCGGCGCCGCGCGGCACCGAGCAGGAGAUCCAGGAGACGCUGCGGCCCGACCACUUCCAGAUCAAAAAGACAUUCCGACAUGGGUUCCCGUUCUCGCCGACCGCGCUCGCCUGGGACCCCAUACAGAAACUACUCGCCAUCGGGGACAAGGGUGGCAACCUCAGAAUACUGGGCGGCCCAGGCGUGGACGCCCACGUGCGCCACGAGUCUGGCGAGGCGGUGCUGCACGCCAAGUUCCUGAUCAACGAGGGUGCCCUGGUCACCGCCACAGCUGAUGACCAGAUCCACCUGUGGACCUUCCGCCAGAAGCUGCCGCAGCGCGUGCAGUCGCUCAAGUUUCAGCGAGAAAGGAUCACCUGCCUGCACCUGCCGCUGCAGUCCAAGUGGGUGCACGUGGGCACGGAGCGCGGGAACGUGCACGUGGUCAACAUCGAGACCUUCGCGCUCAGCGGGUACGUCAUCAACUGGAACAAGGCCAUCGAAGUGACGAGACCCAACCACCCCGGCGCGGUGGUCGACAUCAGCGACAACCCGCUCGAUGCCAGCAAACUGCUAAUAGCUUUCGAGACGGGCCUGGUGGUCGUGUGGGACCUCCGCGCGCGUGCGGCGGAAUGGCGCGGCUCCUUAGGCACGGGGCUGCCGGGCGAGGGCGUGCGCGCAGCCGCAUGGCAGCACGACGGCAAACUUAUGACGGCGCAUCAGGACGGCGCGCUCGCGACGUGGACGACACGGUCUAAUAGACCUGCGUCAUUGUCUUAUCCACAUGCAAAAGCAAAUAAAGACGGAAAAUUAGAACCCUGCAAACCUAUCCUCAGGCUCGAAUGGAAAACAUCCAGAACGGGGGAGAGCCUGGUGAUGUUCUCUGGUGGUCUGCCGACGGACAAGGCGGGCCGCACGCACAGCAUCACCGUGCUCAACGGCAAGAGCACCACGGUGCUGGAGAUGGAGCAUGCUGUUGUUGACUUCGUCACGCUCUGUGAGAGUCCGCAUACUGCUGACUAUCAAGAGCCGUACGCGAUCGUGGUGCUACUUCAGAACGACCUGGUGGUGAUCGACCUGCUGUCGCCCGGGUACCCUUGCUUCGAGAAUCCUUACCCCAUGGAUAUCCACGAGUCGCCCGUUACCUGCUGCUCCUACUUCGCAGACUGCCCUUCGGACCUUAUCCCAGCGUUCUACUCUGUGGGUCGCGCGGGCAACAAGAAGGCGGCCGGCUUCAGCGACAAGCUGUGGCCCAUCAACGGCGGCGAGUGGGCGCCCGCCUCCUGCUCCUACAGCGAAAUCAUCCUCACGGGGCAUGCAGACGGGAGUGUAAAAUUUUGGGACGCUAGCGCAGGGACCUUACAAAUUUUGUACAAAUUAAAAUGUUCUAAAGUAUUCGAGCGGCGCACGAGCAGCACAGCGGGAGGUUACGCUGCCGAGGAAGAGACGCCGCUGGCGAUCCAGCAGCUAGCGCUGUGCGCAGAGUCACGGCGGCUGGUCGUGGCGCUGCCGCACGGACACGUCGUGCUCUUCAAGUUCCGGAAAUCCGAAACGCACGGGGAGACACAUGUAUUAGAAAUUCCAGUGAUAUCAGACGCUUUAGAAGAGGAGACGUCCCCAGAAGCGGAAGGUGGUCGAUCCAUGUCCUUUAGCCGUGCGGGCGACAGCGGAGAGAGCGAGAGCCGGAGAUCGGGGGUGUGGAUGGGCGGCAGCGGCAGUUCCCUGCGCGUGCGCGGCGCGGCCGGCACGGGCGGUGUGCGGCGCGCGGCCGGCUUCCAGGCCGCACUCGUGGCGCUGCAGCAGGGGCCGCCGCAUCCCAUCGUCGCGCUCACCAUCAACUCCUCAUACGGCCUCAUGGCGUGGGGCGGCGAGCGCGGUGUGGUGGUGGUGGACGUGACGGGGCGCGCCGUGGUGGCGGCGCUGCCCGCGGCCGCGCUGUACCACCCCGCGCCGCACGCGGCCGCGCUGCCCGGCCUGCCCGCACAUCCCGCCGACCGCGCGCCAAGGCAGCCCGACCGCCAGCGCUCGCCCAGCCUCGACCAGCUGGAGUCCGCGCGCGUCUCGCCGCUCAGCCCCGCCGCCGAGCCCGGCGACGACCCGCCCGACAAGCUGGAGGCGCGCCGCAAGUCCACCACCUCCUGGAAGACCUUCAACCUGAAGCGACAGCUCUCCAAGGUCGAUCUCAAAUUUAAGUCUGCGUUCACCGUCCCCCCUGAGAGCAACCCGGAAGACGCGACGACGGAGAAGCGAAACUCGCAAUUUUACUGCGACACUGGUGACAAGCCCGACGCGCCGGAGUCGAACGACGACUCGCCCGACAGCGACGACACCAAACCCGCGGAAGCCGUAGAACCCGAGGACGGGGAAAAGAGCGCUGAGCGCAGCGAGCUGUCGUCGCCGCUACGAGUGUGCUCCGACGUAUUCGAGCGCAUGCACCGCGAGCUGCAGGAGAAGCGCUCGUCGGACGUGUACGACCGCAUGCACCGCGAGCUGCAGGAGCGCUGGCAGGAGCGCGAGCGCGGCGCCGCGUCGCCCGACACGUCGCCCUCGCGGCCCGCGGACGAGCGCGCGCCGCGCCCCGACAACCUGCCGCUGUUCGAGGACGACGGCCGGCCCGCGCGGCCCCCGCGGCAGAAAGGCAAGCUCAAGAAGGAGGAGGACAAGCGCGAGCAGAGAGAUCAGAGACUGUUGUCAGUGCCGAACAUAAAGUACAGCAAACAGGAGAGUGUGCGCGACCUGCGCAAGCGGCAGGCGUCGCCGGCGCCGCCGGGCUCGUUCGCCGGCAGCCUCAUGCGCCGCUUCAGAAUAUUAAUUUCGAGACUUUGCAAGAGAAACGAACAAACAGACGAGGAACAGCCGAACGUGGAAGUGGUACAAGUGCCCCACAUCAUAGGCCGCAUAGACAAGCUGGACAGCUCGUUCUCGCGCUCUCGCUCCAGCUCGAUGAGCAGCCUCGAGAACAUCUCCCAGGAGGGCGUGCAGUGCCUCGCCUUCGCCGACAGCUACACUAAGAAGUCCGACCCGACGCUGCUGCUGCCAACGCUGUGGAUCGGCACAACGCUGGGCUCGGUGCUGACAAUGAUGAUCAACUUGCCCGAACCCGACCUGCGGCCCACGCAGCCCGUCGUCGUGUCCACAGCAGGUGGUCCCAUAUUUAGGUUAAAAGGUUCAAUCCUUACUAUGUCGUUUCUUGACUGCAAUGGUGCUUUAAUACCUUACUCAUAUGAAAGUUGGAGAGACGAUAGUAAAGAUGUAAGAGAAAGACGCGAGCGGACGCCGACGAAGCAGGGUUCUUCGUCGAGCGGCAGCCGCAUGAGCCCCACGCCGGGCGCCAGCGAAGCCCCGGCCUCCGGCGACCGCCAGUUCGUCGUCAUAGCGUCGGAGAAGCAAGCGCGGGUCGUGGCGCUCCCCAGCCAGAACUGCGUCUACCGACAGCAGAUCGUGGACACCGACUUCGUUGUUAAAGCUGAGAUUGUCAGCUUGAAAGAUAGUGUAUGUCUGGUCAAUUACCUGUCGACGGGCCACCUGGUGGCGUACAGCCUGCCCUCUCUGAGGCCGCUCGUCGACGUCGACUUCCUCCCUCUCUCUGAACUCAGCUUCCAGACACAGACCAAACAGAGGGGUAUCGUAGACCCAAUGCUCUCCAUAUGGGGCCAGCAACUGAUAGUUAACGAGGACACUGACCAGAUAGCGAAGACGUUCUGCUUCAGCAACCGCGGCCACGGGCUGUUCCUGGCCUCGCCCACUGAAAUACAGAAGUUCACCAUCGACGCUGAGUUCUGUCAGCAGCUGAACGAGAUGCUGGGCGAGCUCUUCCUCCCGCGAGACAUGCCGGAGCCGCCCAAGGAAAGCUUCUUCCGCGGACUCUUCGGAGGAGGCUCGCGACCGCUGGACCGCGAGGAACUAUUCGGUGAAGCGACGUCGGGCAAGCCGUCGCGCGCGGUGGCCAAGCAUAUCCCGGGGCCCAACGAGAACCUGCAGCAGCUGGGCACGCGCGCGUCCACAGCCGCGUCCGAGGUGUCGCGCGCGCACCAGCUCGUGCUGGAGCGCGGGGACAAGCUGUCUCAGCUGGAGGACCGCACCGAGCGCAUGCACUCGCAGGCCGCGGAGUUCUCAACCUCGGCGCACCAACUCAUGCUCAAGUACAAGGACAAGAAGUGGUACCAGCUGUGAAUCUACCCCCCGCCCCCUCACCGGGUGACGUGUGCUCGUCAGUGAGUGUGGUGACGAACGUUGAGUGAGUGUACGGACACUCGCGCCGCCCGCGCCGCGCCGCGCGGCUAGAGCUUAGCUACCCAGUAGUAGAGAUCUUAUGAACCUUAACUUUAGACUCUUAUUAGGCGUGUCUCGAAAUGAAUGAACGCACAAACGUAUUUCGAUAUCGCUCUCGAGCGUAGGCCCCGACUAAAGAUUUCAAGUAGUUCUGCUUCUGACUACGCGCUGAAUCGUUCAAUUAUUUCUGUGCCUCAAUAUACCUUACUCUACUCGUCGCUAGUACGUUGGUUGUCCUCGGCGAACAUUGUCGUUGUUCGGCCGCGCGUGGUGCAUCUCUUCACGGACCUGUCCUGUAGAUUCGACUUACUUAGGUCUCAGCGAUAGCACUCCAUUAGAAACCUCAGGCGUGGUGUACCCCGCCGGUGUACAUAGCGCCGCCUUCAGUCACGCGAUGUGAUACUGUACAUAGUCGAGCAUUAUCUACUAAUUUACUUAAAUCUUUUUAUACAAUAUAAUAUACUAGUGUGUCUCGUUCUCUCUCUCUUGUUUCAUGUUGACUCUUUCUAUUCUAUCGUUGCGUUGAUAUUUCCAGCCGGAAUAGUUGUUACGUGCGGUGUUGCGUGUUAUGUUACGUGUUGCGAGUUCCGUCGUUCAGUUGCGGGUAUUUGAGAUUAUUUACCGUUGCUAUGUUACUGUACUACGUUACUACGAUAUGAUACCAAGUAGCUGUAAAUGUUAUAGAUAUGAUGAAAUUAACAAAUGAACUUUAAUAUAAUACCUAACAAUAAUGAUAGUCGAAGACGUUGAUCUGUAUAAAGUAUUAAGUAAAUAAAUAAAUGAAUAAAAGAAUACUUGUAAUGAUUGAAAAUUUAAGCAUUGGAUGACAAUAAUUUUUGUUACUUCUCACUGGAGAUUCCUUUGACACUGCGAAGUGUGUUUGUGUUUCUCUUCCGCGAUGCACCCGAGGGUGUCCUCGACGCGCCCGAGUGUCCGCGAUGCACCCGAGGGUGUCCUCGACGCGCCCGAGUGUCCGCGACGCAUCCUGGUGUGCCUGUGACGCGCCCGUGUGUGUGCGUGACGCGUACUAGUGUCCGCGACGCACUCGAGGAUGUCCGCGACGCGCCCGAGUGACACUAUGGCGCGCCUCAGUGUGUCUCACACACGCCGCGCGCCUCUCGUUCGUCUUACUUCCUCUUCUCUUACACUUUCUGUUGUCGCGUUAUGUGUUAGGUUAUAUGUCGCAGUGUAAUUACCGGCCACGGCCGUCGCUCUUACGAUGAUAGCAAUACUACGUGCGGGUUGCCAGCCUAAAGUAAAACCAGACCAAUUGGUGUCGUGUCGGUGUUGCUAGCUAAAAUAAACUAAUAAAAAUAAAUAAAGCGAUAACUACUCUAUGUAAACUAACGACUAAUAGCUCUUGUGUAUAGCGCUGGUGUAAUCAUAGGAGCGCGCGGGAGACUCGGUACGAUGCGUUUAUAAUUCGUGUUGGUGUUGCCAUAAUUGUAGAUUGUUCCGCAAGCUGGUGUGAUGUUGAUAUAGGAAUGUAGAGGGAUUCGAAGUUGUACAAGUAAUGUGUCGAGCGAGUCUCUCUGCGCGAGUUUAGCUAAGUACUGUAGUGUAUAUCGGUGUAUCGCAUGGCAAUAAUCGUUUUGUACGUCACGACGACCGCUCCCCUCCCGCGUUGAGUUGCUCGUCCCUCUGUCCUCCCUGUUGUAGCGUAUAGCGCACUGUACGUCCAAUGUCGUCGCUCGCCUUACGUGGCAUGCGGUUACUCUAUAGAUAUGCUAGUUCGGUUUACGUGUGCAUUUCGUGUAUUAUUACUAUUAGUUAGCGAGUAUAACUUCAGCUGUGUAUAAUAUUGGAUGCCAAACGUUUGUACUAUUUUGACGCUGUGUUAUAUAAAUACAUAUUAACUUGUUACACUAUUUAUAAUCAUAUUUUAAUUUAUGUUGUAAAAGUUUUAUUUUUGAAAUUUAGCUAAUAUGAAACUUAUAGUUAUUUAAAGAGGAUACAAAUAUGAAACUUAUGCUGUUCCGAUUGUAAUAUCACUAUCGUACGUUAGCUCGGAUUUUAACCAGAUUAUUUUGGUACGAGGCACAUGGCGUGUCUUAUUGAAUUCCGAGAGUGGGUAUUUUCAUAUGCAAGUUUACUCAUUUUAACGUUAGAGCGCUGUUAGUGUUGUUUGUUACCAGAGACCUCUAUAUUCUGUAGGUUACUUGUGUUGUUCCGAGCAGCAGCUUGCGAGUCUGUCUCCGAUAUCCGGUCGCAUAUCACUCGAUAUAUCAGACUAUACUAAGAUCGUAGGAUCACAUAGUUUUGAGAUGCGGCUUCAUACAUUUUCUACCUAACGCCCUAAGGUAACGUAGCUCUUCACUCCUAACAUCUAUCAACUAACUUAAGACUCGAUAAGUAUUAUUGUUUAACUCACACUAUCGUUUUCCAUUCUAAAUAGAUUAUUGCUAGCGUUGAAGUAUUUUCUUAAAACAAAUAACAAAGAGUAGAAAUUGUUGGAUUCAAUGUUAUCGAUGUAUCAGAGAUUAAUUUAGAUAGAUCGCCCUCGGGCGGCGGCGCGCGGUCGCGGCGGCCCGGUCCGGCCCGGAGCGGCCCGGACAAAACCGGCCCGGCGCGACCCGGCCCGGCCGCGUUAAGUUUCUCGAUUCUAUUCAUUGUUACGUAGUCGCGGUGUUGUAGCGCGGAGGGUCACGCCGUGACGUCACCGCUCCGCCCACGGUUCCACAUCAACACGCAGAUUCAUUUGGAAAUUAUGGGACUAAAAUUAAUAUAAGAUUUGUAAAUAAAUAAUGAACAAACUUGUGGCAAAUUAUUACUUGUUAAUCUGUAACAAUCGUAGUUCAUCCCAACAUUAUUUUGUAUGAAUUAGACGACUGUCUCUUUUUUAAUCGUUCGGAAAUGAGGACAUUAUCUAACUAUACAUAUUGUAUAUAAAGGAUGCUGUUGAAUUAUAUUGAUUAUUUAGUUUGGUAGAUGAUUAUAGUCAUUAUAUAUAAAUAAAUUAUGAAAAUAUGAAAAUAAAAUUAUAUCAAAAUA